UCACCAUUGGAGCUACUGUUUUACUCUCUCUCAAGCUCACUCGCUCGCUCUCCCACUCUUCCAAUGGAGAAGCUCGUGGAAUUGUCAGAGCAAGAGGUCCGUAUAGACUUCACAUUGAAUUGCAAAUGCCGUGCUAACGUGCGCUUGAGGUCUCUAACCGCCACAACCCCCAUAGCCUUCAAGGUCCAAACCUCUUCACCCGAAAAGUUCAUGGUCAACCCUCCCACUGGACUCAUCUCUCCCUUAUCCUACGCUACCUUCCAAGUCAUCCUCAAACCCCAGAACCACUUCCCAACUACCUACCCUCGCUCACCUUCCGAUAACUUCCUCGUCAAAACCUCCCGAUUCUUUCCAGACUCGUCCGAUUCGACUCGCCCAUUUUCCAUCACCUCCUGGUUCUUAUCCAUCCCCAACUGCUCAACCGAGGAUUACAAACUCAAAGUCGUGUUCGUGGGUCCCAUGCUUCUACACCACGCGGUCAGCCGCGGAGACUGUGGCUCUGCGAAGAACUUAAUCAAGAAGCAGAAGUCAAUAAUGGCCGAGUUGUCCCAGAGAGAGUCCGAGGCGCUCAUCCGAGUUGCGACCGAGUUGGCUAACCCUGAGAGCAUGGUUAAUUUGCUUCUUGAAGCUGGGUUGAAGAUUGAGGCGCGUGUACAGUUAGACAACGUGAAUUAUAAAGUGGAUUCGGAACGGAUAUCCAAAGGCUGGGAGAAGCUCCACGUGGCCGCUGCUUUUGAUCGGACGGAGGAGGUGUUGGAGUUUGUGAAGAUGAAAAAAGCUCGUUCGUUGGAUUGCAGGGACAAUGACGGUAGGACUCCCCUGCAUGUUGCUGUGGGUAAGGGAAAUAUCAAGUGCGCGAGGGUUCUGGUGGAACUCGGUGCGGAUAAGGAUGCUAGGAGCAGGGACGGUCGUACGGCUUUGCAUAGAGCAGCGGUCAAUGGGGAUCGUCGGAUGGUUGAGAUGCUGAUUGAGAUGGGCGCGGACCCCACAAUUGCUAAUGAUCGUGGAUGUACGCCGCUUGAUAUUGCCCGUGAUAAAGGACACAAGAAAGUGUCGGAAAUUCUGGAGAGAGGAGAUUUGGUGAUAACAGCAGCAAGAAAGGGGGACCUGGAGAAUCUACAAUGGCUAUUGCAAAAAGGAGCAACCAUAAAGCACAGGGACGAGUACGGUUUCACAGCCUUGCAUGCUGCAGCCAUUGAAGGCCACAAGGAUGUGGUACAGAAGCUGAUUGAAUCUGGGUCGGACUUUGAAUCCCAAGACAGAGAAGGUCAUACACCAUUGCAUUUGGCUGUGGUUGCUGGAAGCUUAGAGACUGUUGAGGUUUUAGUAAAUGAAGGUGCUGAUAUCAAUGUCAAUACCAAGUUCAGGGCUACACCUCUGCACAUGGCCACAAUUCUUGGAUACGAUGACAUUGCAGAGUUUCUCAUUAGCAGGGGAGGCUUUUCUUCUCUGUGAAAUUAACAUUAUUAUUAUUAUUUUUCUAAUUUUUUAUUAUCGAUAAUUUUUCUGUCGUUAAAGAACGUAAGGUGACAGAAUAUCUUAGCUUAGCGAUAAUUUUAUCAUAAAAUUGGAUUCUAGUCUACCAAUAAAAAAAUUAUUCUUUUUUAAAAA